ACGAUGGCGGUGGAAGAGGAGAACGUUCUGUACGACCUGCUGGUUCACAGCGAGUGGCUGCAGGAGAGUGAGGCGCAGCCCAGACGCCACCGACAAUGUGGAUCCAUUCUUGUCAAGACCAUUUCUGGUCCCCUUAAAUUUGUGCUUCAGUAUGUCAGAUAUAGCCACUCCAGCUCUUUGCUUUCUCCUAGUUUUGUCCAGUUGGUCGACAAGCAAAUCAACUGGCAACUUGUUGUAGCCAGUAAUGGGAAAUUGUUGGCAGUGGUUCAGGACCAAUGUAUUGAAAUCAGAUCUGCAAGAGAUGAAUUUGGCUCUGUCUUUGGAAAAUGUCUAGUUCCAAAAGAUCCACACCCUCAGUGGCGUCAUGUGACGUGGAGUCAUGAUUGUACACUGUUGGCUUAUGCUGACAGUUCAGGCACAGUGAAAGUGUUUGAUUUGAUGGGCAGUGAACUUUUCGUCAUUCCACAGACUAUUAAUUCUGCAGGUGAUCUGAGUUAUGCUGUGGCAGGAUUGAUAUUCCUGGAGUCUACUGAUAAUGCUCAAUGUUCAACAGAGCUUCUGGUUAUAAACUAUCGUGGGCAAUUGAAAAGUUACUGGCUCAGUGUUGGAACCCAGCAAAGUUAUCAAGAAAGUCACAGCUUCAACUUUAACAGUCAUUAUUCUCAUGGAGUUAUUACAGUGAUCUAUCACUCUGGCCACAAGUUACUUCUGGUAGGAGGCUGUGAAACCAGUGAAGAAGGAAUCUCUAAAGCUAGCAGUUAUGGGGUAACUGCGUGGCGGGUUCUGUCUGGUGCACCCUACUACAAGCAGGUCACCAACUAUGAAGAUGAUGUUGCUGGUUCACAAAGAGGUUUGUUAAAGUUGCUCAGUUUUCGAGGAUUGUGGAGACAGGAACCAAAGCAGGAUGGGGUUUUCAAAAUGAGUUUGUCCCCUGAUGGGACGAUCCUGGCUGUCAUCCAUUUAUCUGGCCAGCUGACUUUAUGGGAGCUUCCCUCCUUGAGGCACCAGAAAGAAUGGAAACAAGAAAUGCAGGUUGGAUAUGAUGCCAUUAACCCGGAGUGGACAAAAUUUAUGGAGAAAAGGAAGAAAAUAAAAGAUCGAUCAUCAUUCUACCCCCUCUGUGACAUAAACUGGUGGUCUGACAGUGCAGUUAUUCUGGCUCGCUGUUCUGGUGCUUUAACUGUAUCAUCUGUGAGGACGUUGAAAAACUUGCUUGGACAGUCUUGUGAAUGGUUUGAACCUUCUCCUCAAGUCGGUGCUGCUCAUAAUGGAAGCUUUAUGUGUUUAGAGUGUGAAGUGAAAGUAGCUUACAAGAGGCAUCGUUUGGAAACUAAUACAUUAGAAGAUGAUGAAGGCGAUGAAGAAUCUGACUCAGAUGAUGAGUCCUCUGCUAGAGCUCGAUAUUUUAGUUAUGUGAAGCAGGGCUUGUAUUAUUUGACAGAAAUGGAGCGAUUUGCUCCCCCUCGAAAGCGACCACGAACAAUCAGUAAAACUUACAGGCUAGUAAGUUUGAGGUCUACAACUCCAGAGGAGCUGUAUCAAAGGAAGAUUGAUAAUGAAGAAUAUGGUGAAGCAUUGGCUCUGGCAAUGGCCUAUGACCUUGACAGUGAUCUGGUAUAUCAAAGACAGUGGAGAAAAUCCCCCGUGAAUCUUGCAUCUAUUCAGGACUACCUGAGUAAAAUUAAGAAACGUUCAUGGGUGUUGCAUGAAUGUGUGGAAAGAGUGCCUGAAAAUGUUGAUGCAGCAAGAGAACUGCUUCAAUAUGGAUUGAAAGGGACUGACCUUGAAGCACUUAUUGCUGUAGGAAAAGGAGAAGAUGGAGGCAGAUUUAUUUUGCCUGGAGAUGUAGAUAUUGAUGAUCUCCCCUACGAAGAUUAUAUGUCACCAGUUGAAGAGAUGCAGAAGAGAAAAGAAAAAGAGGCAGCCAGGAGACAGGAGCUGCUGCAAUGUGUAAAUUUUUCCAUGUUGACAUUAGAACAAAAGGAGCUCUGCCGCUGUAGGUUGAAAUUAUUAACUUACUUAAAUCGCCUAGCAACUUAUGAGGAAAUUCUUGGAGGGCCUCAUGCUGCUGAAAGAAGAUAUGAUUCAGAAUUUUUCAAAAAAUUUAGAAGUCAAAAUAUUGUAUUGUCAGCAAGAACUUACGCAAGGGAGAGCAAUGUUCAGGCUUUGGAGAUUCUUUUUACCUAUCAUGGAUCAGAUUUGCUGCCUCAUCGGUUGGCCAUUCUUUCAAACUUCCCUGAAACAACGACUCCUCAUGAGUAUUGCUUCCUUCUUCCAGAAGCCAGGUUUGUUGAUGAGCAGGGUGAUUUGGUGGUAUUACCGUGGAAUGAACAACGGCAUCAGGAUCUGGAUUGGUGUGAAGAACCAAAUCUAAGACAGGUCAUAGACUGCAGUCCACAAGAUGUAGCUGAGUUUCUGUAUCAAGAGCAGCCUGAAUUGUUGAAGUACAGCACAACUGAACCCUCUAUUGAAUGUCUGACAGAGUGGUAUCAGAAGCGUGCAGAGGAGAUUGAGAGCUACUCCAGACAGGUGGAUUGUGCCUUAUCUCUAGUGCGCCUUGGCAAGGAGAGGAACAUCCCUGGAUUAGAGGUUCUAUGCGAUGAUCUGAUCACUCUGGAAACUCUCGUGUAUGAAGCAGGAGCUGAUCCAACUCUUUCUUUGAAGGAACUGCAACAGAUGAAAGACAUCGAUAAACUGAGGCAAUUAAUGAUCAAUUCCUCUGAGGAAAUGUAUAUAAAGAAUGUCUACCAGUGGGUGGUUCCUUUCCUGCAUCGCUGCGAGAGUAAAAAUACUGGACAUGCUGAUGAGUUGCUAAGAGAAUACUUAGUAACAGAAGCAAAAGAGGAUUUGAAGUACCCUUUGAAAAUAUUUCAGCAAUCUAAACCUGAUUGUCAGCAGAAAAUUAUUCCUGACCAUCACCAGUUAAUGGCAGUAGCCCUGGAAUGUCUCUACAACUGUGAACGGGAUGAUCAGUUGGCUCUUUGUUAUGAUAUCCUUGAAUGCUUACCACAGCGGGGCUUUGGUCCAGAGACAGAAAUGUCUAAAACUCUGCAUGACCAGGUUGACCUUUUGGAACAACAUCUGAGUGUGGCAGAAAUUUUGGAAAAGCAUGGUCUGCAGAAACCAAUUUCAUUUGUAAAGAACACACAGUCAAGUUCAGAGGAGGCUCGUCUGCUUAUGGUGCGGCUAACCAGGCAUGUUGGACGCAAGAACCCACCUGUAAGUGAAAGUGAAUGGCGAGGCUUGUUUCACGAUCUUUUGGAAAUGCAGCGUUCUGUAUACAGUUGUCUGGACUUCAAUAUCUGCUGUGAGAUAUUCACCGAGAGCCUACUAUGUUCUAAUCGUUUGGAGAAUAUCCGUUUGGCUGGGCAAAUGAUGCACUGUAAUAGUGUAUCUGUUGAUCCUUCCAUUAAUGCUACUUCCAGAAGCAAGAUACAGUCCAAGGUCAACUAUGAGAAAAGUAUUGAAUUGGUUCUAACUGCAGCAAGAGAAUAUUUUAACUCAUCAGCCACCUUAACUGACAAUUGCAUGGAUUUGGCCAGGUGCUGUUUACAACUCAUUACAGACUGCCCCCCUGUUAUUCAGGAAGAGCUGGAUCUCAUUAGUGCUCUCAAUGUGAUGGAAGAGUUCAACAUGAAGAUUUUGCCCAUGCAAGUACGUAUGUGCUCAGACCGACUCCGACUCAUAAAGGAGUGCAUUACUCAGUGUCCAACAGCAUACAAACAGUCAAAAAAGCUCUUGAUUCUUGCAGAUUUGCUGAGAGUAGCCGGGCAGGAUAAGGCGCAGAGGAAAGGAGAGGUAUUGGUUCUCCUGGCUGAGCAGGCCCUUGAGUAUGAAGAUUACAAAGCUAGCAGUAUUCAUUGCCAAGAUCUUAUGUCUGCAGGUUACAGCGCUGGUUGGCAGGUGUGCAGCAAACUGGGGCAGUCAGAUGGCUAUCAUGACCUGACAACUCGGCAGGAAUUAAUGUCCUUUGCUCGGACUUAUUGCCCUCCCAAUGUUAUCCAGUCACUGCUAGCUGUCAGCAGCUCACUUCAAACACAGAUUUUGUAUCAAGCUGUAAAUUAUCAGAUUGAGCCAUCAGAGAGGAGCGAGUCUAUAAAUUCUACAGGCAAUGCUCAGCAGAUUGAAAUAAAAGUUUCAAAUAAUUCAUCUGAUCUUCUUCAUCGGACAACUGCAAAGACUAUGGAGGUUCUCAGUAGUACUUCAAUGACAACUAAAGCAGUGUUGCAUGCUGUCAGUGAUGCGCAGUGGUGGAAGAAGUCCCUCAGCUACCUGCGGCCUUUACAUGAUCAAGGACGAGAAGCAACAUUAAGACGUGAGACUGGUGUAAAUGGAGAUUUGGAAAAGCAAGGCUGUCAUCCCUUUUAUGAGAUCCUCAUUGAUGAUCCUUUCAUUGACAAAAGUGAAGUAAACUACACUAGUUAUCAAUACAGUGCUCUGGAGAACUUUGCAGAAGUCUUGUUGAGAGCUGGAAAAUUGUCUGAAACCAAAAGUGAAGGGGAAAACCUAUUUCCUGCCACAGAAGUUCUUUUGCAGCUAGCCAGUGAUGCUUUACCCAAAGACAUGACCUUAGCCCUAGCCUACCUUCUGGCCCUGCCUCAGAUUGUGGAUGCCACUAAGUGCUUUGAGAAGCAACCUCAUUCAGCUUUGUCCCUCCAGUUUGCUGGAUACUAUUACGCCUUACAGAUCUACAUUCGCUUGAGUCCAUGUUUUAAGGAAAAGUGUCACUCCAUAUACAGGGCUGAUCCCAAAGAGGUAAUUAAUCUGGUCACAAAACAUGUGACUGAAAAUACAGAGUUCAGUUGGCCAGAAGAAAUUCAGGCGCUAAUUCAUCAGCUUUGCUAUUACAAUGAGCUGUUGACAGACUUCACGCAAGCUCAAACACUUCAAGGCCUUGGCAAAGGUGUGGAUGUCCAGCGAUUCGCAACAGACAGCCAAUAUAAAAGGGAGACCAUUCUGGGGUUAGCAGAAACCUUAGAAGAAAAUGUGUACAAAAUCUCUCUGUCUUUGGCUCAACGUUAUAAUAUCGCACUCUGGGAAGUUUACAUGACACACUUGGAAUUCCUUUUCACUGAUAGUGGGCUGUCAACGUCAGAAAUUGAAAGUAGAGUCCGAAAUCUUGAUCUAUUCGAUGUUCUGAAAACCAACCAAGAAGCUUUUCAUGAGCACAUGACAAAAUAUGUUUAUCCUGGCAUUGAUGGUGUGGACCAUGUCCGGUUACUUUAUUAUUUUACUUUGCUGGAAAACUGCGGCUGUGCUGAAUUUGUGAAAAAACCCAUCAAACCAGACACUAACAUAAAGCUUCUAAAGAAGUUGAAGGUCGUUACGCCAGACCUUAAUUACAAGAAGCUGACAGAUGGAGACGCUGAUCCUUUGGAAUCUUUGGAGCCAGUUCUUAACAGCCAUAAUGUCUUACCAGUUUCUAAACUAGCACCCAAAAUUCCUGGGAAAGGUGGCACAAUGCUUUCAGCAAACCUCAUCUAUGCUACAUGGCUUCGUAAGCUUUUCUGGAUUGGAGAUAUCCAGCUUAUUAAAAAACCACCACAGGAAGAAGCUGAAUGGUUGCAUGCCUACGAUACAUGUGCAAAAUAUUUCGACAGGCUUCUCCCUGAAGAUGUUAUUGGACUAAUAGAUGACUUCACCUUUUCUGAAAAUUCUGUGAACAAGCUGCAUGUUCAAGCUAGGUUGGAGAUUACUAAAAGAGCAAUGAAAGCAAUCAAACAGGUCAGUGAGAAGCAGCAGAAGAAGGCUUUCGAAGGCAACAUCCCACCUGCUUCAAAUUCCCAAGUCAGCUAUGAAGAGGCUUUGACUCAUCUACAGCAAUCAUUUGCUCAUCUAGAAACACUCAACCACAGCUUUGUGCACUCCCUAAAGGCUAACAAACAGGUCCUGUUCCAAAAAUACUAUCGGCUCUAUGACCUUUCAAGAUCUGAGAGUAGUAAACUGCACAACCUGGUGGUUACUAUGGUUCUAGAUGGGCAACCUCUUGAUAUAAUGCAGCAGAUGCUUCUAGUUGCUGUGGAAUCGCAAGACAUAUCCGCUAAAGCUGUUGUACAAGAUGCUAUACAGAGAGUUAUAAAUGUGCUAAGUGGUACUAGUACCGAUGUCCUACCAGAAAAGGAUCCACUUCAGGUCCUUGAAGGUAUUGUUAAAUCUGUGCAUUCCAAUGUUGUGGAUGGGGGUAACCUUGUUUCUUCGGAUGACCUCUUGACAUGGCUGAGACCUUUUUGCAGUGAUGCAGAUUUGCCUGUAAAGCCUCGAAUUUAUGUUCUGCAAGUUCUUGAGCAGGCAUUUGAUCUCAGUGAUGAGGACAGCAAGUUACUUGUGCUGUUCAGAACUCAAGCUGUUCUGAAGGCAUGCUGGCCAGAGAAACAGGUUAAUGUAAAUGACAUUGCAAAUGAAGAGAAACGUUUCCAGCUCUUUUUGGAGUUGCUAGAUUCCAGUAACGAUGGGACUAAAUUUCAGCAUUUGGUGAUGCUCCUUCAGGCUUGGCCACCCAUGAACAACGAUGAUAUGUCAACGGAGGAGCAUAAUGCUUGGAUUAAGCUUGUCACUGCCAUGUUGGUAAAGUGUGCCCCUGAAAAGCAAGAUACGACUGGAAAUGAAAUACUUUCCAUCUGCCGCUCUCUUUACUUGACAAAGCACAAACUACCAUUUAAGUGGGUGAAACAAAUUUAUCUCCUACUCCUGGAACAAUCCAUCCUACUGCCAGCAUUGAAACUUGGGAUAGAAAGUGGUAACCAUGAACUGCAGAAACUGGUAAUGGAACAGAUAAGGGCUGUCUCUCAGAUCGAUGCUUCCAAUUGUGAUACAGAGCUGCUUUCCUUGCUGUUGAACAAUAAAUUAGUGGUGGACUGCGUCUCUACUGUUUUCUACCCUUACCUUCUAAAACAUCUUUUGGCCAAUCAUGAGGAAGGACAGUACACUGUUGAAGAGAUAGCAGAACAAUUGAAUGAAGCAGGCUGCACUGCAGAGGGAGGGUCUUUACUGAUGUAUCAUAGGGCAACACAUCCAUCAUUAAGUACAUUUAGUGCUGCAUUAAGUGUAACAAAGAGGUGGUUAUGAAAGGAUUUUGCCUUGAUAGCAAAGUUUCAGGUAAAGGACAAAGCAUGGACUUUCUGACUUACUCAUCUUCAAUCAGAUACUGCAAUGAAGUUUAACAUUACUGCGUUUGCUACUUGGAAAUGUUUGUGUUUCUAGCAAUAGGGCUGUAAUAUCAAUGUGGUUCUGUAAACAAUUUAAAACCUAUUACUGAAAAUUAAAAUUUGUAACAUUUUUUCAGUUUAUAAAGAUAGUUUAAUAAGGAUGAUGUAAAAAAGGUUGCACCACAGUAGUUUACUUCGGUGCACUCCUAGAAAUUUCACUGUGAAAUAGUGUAUCAGAUUUUUC